AUGAUUUGCCGUGGCGGAAGCAAUAGGCGACCCAAUUUGGGCGGAGUUGGAUUUGCUCUCUCGACUCUUGCCUGUGCACAACCUACCAGGCCGCCCAGGCCCAUCCUCUCUUCCCCCGCCUCCACAAUGACCUCCCACUCACACCCCUCCUCAACCGCAAAUCUCGUCGGAGUCCACUAUCGCGUUGGUAAGAAAAUCGGCGAGGGCUCAUUCGGCGUCAUCUUCGAAGGGACGAAUUUGCUCAAUUCGCAGACGGUCGCCAUCAAAUUUGAACCAAGAAAGGCAGAGGCACCCCAACUUCGCGAUGAGUGUCGUUCGUAUCGCAUAUUGGCUGGCUGUACCGGCAUCCCGCAAAUAUACCACUUUGGACAAGAGGGUCUGCACAACAUCCUCGUCAUCGACCUCUUAGGACCCAGUCUGGAAGAUUUGUUCGACAUGUGCGGCCGGAAGUUCUCCAUCAAAACGGUCUGCAUGGCGGCGAAGCAGAUGAUCACUCGCGUUCAAACGAUCCACGAGAAGAACCUCAUUUAUCGUGACAUUAAACCAGACAAUUUCCUCAUAGGACGUCCAGGGACGAAGGGCUCCAACGUAAUACACGUCGUCGAUUUUGGUAUGGCUAAACAGUAUCGCGAUCCGAAGACGAAGCAGCAUAUUCCAUACCGGGAACGAAAGAGUCUUAGUGGUACUGCUCGAUACAUGAGCAUUAAUACUCAUCUUGGCAGAGAGCAAUCGCGACGAGACGACUUGGAGUCACUAGGACACGUUUUCAUGUACUUCCUGCGAGGUAGCUUGCCCUGGCAAGGUCUCAAAGCCGCCACCAACAAGCAGAAAUACGAGAAGAUUGGGGAGAAGAAGCAAACAACACCGAUCAAGGAGCUCUGUGAAGGCUUCCCAGAGGAAUUCGGAAUUUAUCUUAACUAUGUUCGCAAGCUCGGGUUUGAGGAGACACCAGACUACGACUUUUUGCGAGAAUUGUUCACUAAAGUUAUGAGAAGCAAUGGAGACGUAGAUGAUGGUGUGUUUGACUGGAAUCUUUUGCAUGAUGGCAAAGGCUGGGAAGCUUCAGUGGGCCAAACGCAAAUGCUGACACGGAUACAAAACGACGGCUACCAAGAACGGCGCAAGGAUCGGGAUGACAGGCGACGCUCGCAAGCGCAACCAGGCAACAUGGUACCUCCCUCUCCUGCCCUUGUCAGACAUGGUUCUAAGCAAAGGAAGGUCCCUGCUGCCCUGACGCCUGGGCAAUUGACACCACAUUCUGCGCAAGCUCAAGUCCACAUCCCGAUCGGAAGUAACCAACGAGGGCACCCCUACGCGGCUGCGGGCAUCGGCGCAGGGUACGAACACGCACAACAGUACGAGCAACACAGGAAUCAACAAUAUGGACGCACGUCACCGAUGGUGUCGACUGUGGGUGCCUCACCCGCCGCUAUCAGUAACGUUCGUGCCAGGGCAGGCGAUGCUGGCGUCGCCCAAGACUACCAACAAGAACCCGAGCCUCCGAAACCUUCAUUUUUGAGGAUCCUUACCUGCAGGUGUUAG